CUUGAGACACCCAUCAUAUUAAUAACCCUAGCAGCAGCAGAGCUCCAGUCUUUCCUUUGUGCCUCCUUUGGGUUUUUUUUUUUAUCAGCAGCAGCCGGCAAAAGAAGCAUCCACAGCCUCUCAGAUCGCCAUGGCUGAACAGGUGAUUCCCCCAUCAUCAAAUACUACUCCCAAGAUUUGAGCUUUUGAUUUCCUAACCUUUCCGAUUUGUUUUGUGAUUGUUUUUUUUCUUUCUUUUGCCAGACGGAGAAAGCUUUCUUGAAGCAGCCUAAGGUCUUCCUUUGCUCGAAGAAGGCUGGGAAGACCAACAAGCCUGGGAAGGGAGGCAAGCGUUUCUGGAAGAGCGUUGGCUUGGGUUUUAAGACCCCUCGUGAAGCCAUUGAAGGUAUUUAUAUAUUCAUUCAAAAACCCUCUUCUUUUCCUACUGUGUUCUAGGGUUUACGGACAUUGAUGUUUCUAGUUUUGUUAAGUUUACAAUGAAAUGAUGCUCGGAUUAUGAUUAAGUUCUUUGAAACAAUAUGAUAUAAGUCAGGAUUGGGAAAUAAGAAUGUAUAGUAUUAUAUAUUUCAGUAGAGACGAUAUCCUGUGAAUGGUAAGGUGUUGAUAUCCUAUGAAUGGUAAGGUGUUGAUAUCCUGUAAAUGAUAUGGUGUUGAUAUUGUCCAUUUGUUAAAAUAGGUGAAUGAAAUUGUUUCUGUGAAACCUAUGUUAUGCUUGGUUUUAACUGUGACACCAUCCUGUUAGAAUUUGAGAACUGUGUUAGGCUUUUUACUUUGAAGUGUGUUGUGGCGGACUUUGUUUGUUGUUGUUUAUGCUCUCUGUAAUUUGUAAAAUUUAAUUGCUUUGAAGUAUAUACACUAUUGUUUUCUGUGCCAAACUAUUUUAGUUUCCAAAAAAAAAAGCCCAACCAUUUGAUUGGGGUAUAAAACUUGAAAUCAUGGUCUUAAGCUUGGUUUGUUACUUUGUUCCAGAAGUGAUUUGAAAUUUUUUCUUUUUGGGGUUGGUCUGUGCACGUAGUUUAUCUCUCUGUGGACUUCUUUUGCAGUUUUAUUUGAACUUAACCUUUGGUUGUAGAUGAUAGAUUGUUCUGCUUGCCUAAUAAUGCCCUUGGUGGUUGUUUAUCUCUUCCCUAGAGAGUAUCAAUAAUUGGUGGUUGUUUUGUUUGAAGCCUUCAAUCUAUGAAUAUUGUCUUGCUGUGUAUUUUGUCCGUGAUUGUUCCCCACCUUGUGCGGUACCCUACACACUAGUAUGAUAUGUAUACCUCCUUCAUCCUCACUUUCCUUUGUUCUCCUUGUCAUUAUGCUCUUCCCUCUCCUUUCUUUCACCUAAUUUUCCAGCCCUACUGUGCUUUGUUUUCAGGUACUUAUAUUGACAAAAAAUGCCCAUUUACCGGCACAGUGUCAAUCAGAGGCCGUAUAAUUGCUGGUACCUGCCACAGUGCUAAGAUGGAUAAAACCAUCAUUGUUAGGCGUAACUACCUGCACUUUGUGAAGAAAUACCAGAGAUAUGAAAAAAGGCACUCUAAUAUCCCAGCUCACAUCUCUCCUUGCUUCCGUGUGAAAGAAGGAGACCAUGUCAUUAUUGGGCAGUGCAGGCCAUUGUCGAAAACAGUACGAUUCAAUGUGUUGAAGGUGAUUCCAGCAGGAUCCUCUGGUACUGGAAAGAAGGCUUUCACUGGAGCUUAA